AUGCCAAUCCUUUCCAAAAAAAGCUCAGAUAAUUGUUGGCACAAUAAGAUACAAUUUUAUGAAAUAAAAUCCGACAAUUUUCACGAAAAUGAAAGAAACUGUAUAUUAGACAGACUAGUUGAGUUUUCAAAUCUAAGCGUUACCGUUGUGGUGUAUUCUUACUGUCAAACAUUGGAUUAUGUGGUAAUGGUAUAUUUCUUAACUAGUUCAUUUUCAAAGGUGGAGAUGUGUCACCGUGUUCAAUCACAAAUAUAUUUUUGA